CAUGGAUGAAGGAGCUGACUUGGUAUGUAUCACAGAGACCUGGUUGGGAGAGGCUAGUGGUCCAGUUUGGUCCCAGUUUCCCCCAGAGGGUUACUCUAUGGUGGAGCAGGUGAGAGGAUGUGGGUAGGGAGGUGGGGUAGCUGUGGUCUAUAAGAAUACCAUCUCCCUUACCAGGAUCCCUGUCAGGGAUUUGGGCUAUAUUGAAUGUGUGUACCUAAGUCUAGGGACCAGGGAUAAAAUGGGACUUCUGCUGGUGUACCGAUCACCCCGCUACCCAGUGGACUCCCUGACGGACCUGUUUGCUGAAAUGGCAUUGGAGUGGCCCAGGUUGUUGUUGGUGUUCAAUGUUCAGUUUGGGCCUGGGUUGUUGGGAGUGGCCAUGACAAUUCUGGGCCUAUCAUAAUUGGUCUCUGGACCAACAGAUGAUGCUGGUCAUAAGCUCAGUUUGGUCUUUUGCUCUGAUCAGGGCAGUGCUCCAUGAGUGGGGACUCCUGUCAUCUCCCCCAUGUCAUGGACGGAUCACCAUCUGGUUAAGGUAGAAUUUACCUCUGCAGGGGUGACCUACCUCUGCAGGGGUGAAGGAGCUGUUAGAUUGGUCCACCUGAGAAGGUUAUUGGAUCGGAUAGGAUUCCAAGAAGCCUUAGAAGGCUUAGGGUUGGCUCUGCUAGUGAUUCUGUUGAUGCUCUGGUGCAAACAUGGAAUAAUGAACUGACUAGAGCAGUAGACGCAAUUGCAUCUAAGCAUCCUCCAACUUGCUUUAAAGACAGCCCUGUGGUAUUUGGAUGAACUACGGGAGCUGAAGCGGCGAGGUAGAUGACUAGAGCACAACUGGAGGAAGACUUGGCAUGAGUCUGAUCGGGUACAAUACAGAGCACAUUUGAAGACCUGUGCUCUGGCACUGUGGGCGGCAAAGAAGCAGUCCUUUUCUGUUCAUAUUGCUUCCACAAAUUCAUGUCCAUCUGAGUUGUCUAUGGUUGUGAGGGGGCUAGUAUGUACCCCUCUCCCUUGAAUUCAAACUUGGAACCAUCGGUUACUCACUGUGACAUUUUUAACAACUUCUUUGCAGAUAAAAUCUCUCACAUUCGGGCCAAGCUGGAUUCCACAGCUACUACAGAGUGUACGGUGGAGGUUUCCAGCAACUCCUUUUAUGGGAUUAGAUUGGAUCAUUUUCAGUUUGUGACUCCUGAGGAAGUGAACAAACUGCAUUGGACUGUGCGUCCUACAACCUGUUCUCUUGACCUUGCCCAACUUGGCUGAUCUCAUCUAAUAAUCAUAUUAUCAGAGAGGGUCUGGUAAAUAUUAUAAAUGCUUCUUUGAAGGAAGGCAGGAUGCCUCAUCUUAAGGAGGCUAUUAUUAGAUCACUUUUGAAGAAACCCUCGGAGUUAGCUAAUUAUAGACAUGUUUCUAACUCUCCAUGGUUGGGCAAGGUGAUUUUGAUUGAUACAGAUUAUCUAGACCCAUUUUAAACUGGCUUUCGUGUGGGCUAUGGAGUUGAGACUGCCUUGGUAGGCCUAAUGGAUGAUCUCCAACUGGCUAGCGACAGAGGAAGUGUGACUCUGAUGGUUCUUUUGGAUCUCUGUGGCUUUUGAUACCAUCAACCAUGGUAUCCUUCUGGAUUGCCUAAGGGAGGUGGGAUUGGGUGGCACUGUUAUACAGUGGUUUUGCUUCUACCUCUCUGGUAGAUUCCAGAUGGUGUCACUUGGAGACUGUUGCUCUGCAAAGCAAGAACUAAAGUAUGGAGUUCCACAAGGCUCCAUACUGUCUCCAAUGCUCUUUAACAUCUACAUGAAACCACUGGGAAAGAUCAUCAGGAGGUUUGGUGCUGGGUGUUAUCAAUAUGCUGACGACACCUAGAUUUACUUCUCCAUGUCGACCUCAUGAGGAAAUGACAUAUCUUCCCUAAAUGCCUGCCUAGAGGCAGUAAUGAGCUGGAUGAAGGAUAACAAACUGAAGUUGCAUCCAAAUGAGAUGGAGGUACUGACUGUGGGGGGUCAGGACCCAAGAGAUGGUUUAGAUCUGCCUAUUACAGUCUCCCUGAAAGAUCAGGUACAUAGCUUGGGAGUGCUCCUGGACCCAAAGGUCUCCCUGGUUUCUCAGGUUCAGGCGGUGGCCAGGAGCACUUUUUAUCAUCUUUGGCUGAUAUGUCAGCUAUGUCCAUUUCUAUAGGUAAAUGACCUUAAAACAGUGGUACAUAUGCUGGUAACCUCCAGGCUUGACUACUGUAAUGUGCUCUAUGUGGGGCUGCCUUUGUACAUAGUCCAGAAACUACUAUUGGUACAGAAUGUGGAAGCCAGAUUGGUCUCUGGGAUAACACAAAGUGAUCAUAUAACACCAAUUUUGAAAGAACUGCACUGGCUGCCAAUAUGUUUCUGGGUGAAAUACACAGUGCUGGUUAUAACCCUAUAAAGCCCUUAAUGGCUUGGGUCCAGGCUAUUUAAGAGAGCACCUCCUUUGUCAUGAAACCUGCCACCUUUUACGAUCUUCUGGAGAGGUCUGGUUAUGGUUGCCACCAGUUCGUCUGGUGGUGACCCAGGCUUUCUGUGUGGCUGACCCAGGGCUCUUAUGCUCCCUGCUGAAAUUAGAGCAUCUCCUUCUCUGUUUGUUUUCAGAAAGACCCUCAAGUCUUUCCUGUUCUUGCAAGCUUUUAAUUAGUAUUAAUUUUUAAUAAUUUUAAUAAUUUGUUUUAUAUCAUUUGUAUUGAGUUUUAUGUAUUUUAAUCCAUGAUUUAUAAUAAAAUUUGUACACCACCUAGAAAUGUGUAUAUCAGGUGGUAUAAAAAUAAUAAAACUCACAUUUCUUUACCUUUUUUAACAAUUAGUACAUCCUUGUACUAAAUCCUUGCACUGCGUAGACUAAGGAGACAACACUCUGUACAGUGGUUUUACAAUAAAAAUGGAGAUAUUUCCUGAAGAUCUUUGAUACAAACACUGGUCUCAUUUAUUUAUUUCUCUAUGUAAACCGCUUUGGUAACUUCUGUUGAAAAGUGAUAUAUAAAUGUUAUUAAUAGGUGUAGUUUUGUUACUGGGCUAGUCCUCUUACUGGUUUUGUUUGUUUACCUUUGCUCAGUUUACUUUCCAUUUUUUCCAGUUGACAAGUAGUAUAAUUGAACAGACUUGUCCUGCUUUCCAGGUGUAGGACACAGAAUAGCCAAAUUGUUGCAAAUGUUUGUGGUGCUGUGUUGCACUUCUCCACAGGACAAAUAUGUACGUAAUGGGGUCGACAUGAGUGUGUGUGAUUACUAAAAGCUAUUCUCAUCAAAAUGGUUUUGCAAGCUAUUCUCAUUAGAAAAUGCUUUUGAUUGUCUAGACACAAUAAGACAUCCAUUGUGUUUGGAUUACAGAUGUGGCUCAUUGUUCUUGUCUAAAGCUGAAGCAGUUCUUUGAGACAAAUCCUUGUUGAAUAACUUAGCCAUGGGUGUGAUGUUUUUAUGGCAGAAUAUUUAAAUGGCAUUAGAAACCUCCUAAAGACAUACAAUUCUUAGAUAAUGGGGCAAUAUCUUACCUGUGACACGAAAGGAAUUGAGGUAGCAGAAUUACAGGAAAUGUACAAGAAGUUUGUUCUAGAAUGUCCCAGUGGAUGUCUCUACUUGCAUGAAUUUAAGCAGUUUUUUGACAUCACCAGCCAGAGCGAAGCAUCUGAAUAUGCUGAGCGUGCAUUUCGAUCCUUUGACAGGAAUGGGGAUAAUGUGAUAGACUUCUUGGAGUAUGUAGCAGUUUUAAAUCUGGUUUUAAGAGGGAAACUUGAGCACAAGCUGAAGUGGUCCUUUAAAUUGUAUGACACAGAUGGGAAUGGCUUUCUUGACAAGGCUGAACUAAGGAAAAUGUUGAAGUGUGUCUAUACAGUCAAACAAGGAUGGGCAAGAAAUAUGGAUACUCUGAUGUCAAACCCAGAGGAAGUGUGUGACCGAAUAUUUCAACGAAUGGAUGAAAACAAUGAUGGAAAGCUCUCACUGAAGGAAUUUCUUGAUGGAGUGCAAAAAGAUGACUGGAUAAGGAAAAUGCUACAUCUAGACAUAAAUCCGACAGAAUGGAUUCUUGAACAGAAGAAGAAAAGGAAGGCAGAUGUAUCUGACAAAAUACCAAAGAAAAAAGAUACAUGAUCAUGCCAACACUAGCACUGUAAUGACAUCAAUUAUUUUCUCAGAGAAGCAGUUUAGUUUCAGGAAAUGAAAAGUUAAAAAAAAUUAAAGCCUUUUUCUGAACCACAUUA